GACGUCAGAUGGCUAAGAAACAACCGGCGCGCUGAACGUAAGAACGGCGUGUGUUCGCUGCUGUGGUUCAACUGGAAAUCACUUUUUUGUGAGUCACUAUGGCGUCGGAUGAUAUCGCUCUGCUGGCUGAUGCUCUUUCAAAGACCCACGUCGGGGAUGGAGAGUUGAGCUUUAAAGGCCUGGGACUGAAGCUGGACAACGCGGAAUCAGUGGAGGAGCUGGUCCAUGACAUCGAGCAGUACCAUGGUCUGAGAGCUCUGCGUCUGGAGGGCAAUACUGUGGGGGUGGAUGCAGCUCGAGCCAUUGCCAAAGCUCUGGAGAAUAAAGACCAGCUCGAGAGAUGCUACUGGAGUGACAUGUUCACCGGGAGGUUGCGCUCUGAAAUCCCAACUGCUCUGAGGUCCCUCGGUAGUGCCUUAAUGACUGCAGGGGCCCGGCUAACGGAGCUUGACCUGAGCGAUAACGCCUUUGGGCCUGAUGGCGUGAGGGGAAUCGAGCAGCUGCUGAAGAGCCCCUCUUGCCACUCUCUGAGGGAGCUGAGGCUCAACAACUGUGGCGUGGGGAUCGGAGGUGGAAAGAUCCUGGCUGAAGCUCUGAUCGACUGCCACAGAAAGUCCUCCGCUCAUGGAUCUCCUCUCAGAUUGAGGGUGUUCAUCGCAGGGAGGAACCGGCUGGAGAACGAAGGAGCCAGCGCCCUCGCUAAGGCCUUUCAGCUGAUGGGCAGCCUGGAGGAAGUCCACAUGCCUCAGAAUGGCAUCAACCAUGCCGGAGUGAUGGCGUUAGCUUCAGCCAUGAGACACAACCCGGAGCUGCGGGUCCUGAACCUCAACGACAACACCUUCACCAAGAGGGGAACGCUCGCCAUGGCCCAGGCUCUGAGGCACCUGAGGAACGUUCAGGUGAUAAACUUUGGAGACUGUCUGGUCCGCUCUGAAGGAGCCAUCGCCCUCGCUGCUGUCCUCAGAGAGGGACUGCCCAUCCUCAAGGAGAUCAAUCUGUCGUUCGGCGAGAUCACGGAGGGCGCCGCUUUGGUGGUGGCUCAGGCCGUCAAAGACAAACCCGACCUGGAGAAAGUGGAUCUGAACGGUAACUGUCUGGGAGAGGAGGGCUGUGAAGCUCUGAGGGAAGCUAUGGAGAAAGGAGACAUGCUGGCAUCACUCAGUGAUGAUGAGGGAGAACCCGAUGACGAGGAUGAAGAAGAUGAUGAAGACGACCACGAAGAAGACGAGGAGGAUGAGGAUGCCAGUGACGACUGUAAUGAAGACAGUGAGGACGGGGACAUCCUGAAGGACAACGGAACAAUGAAAAAAGACGGCAGUCCUGAAAAACCUCAGAGCUCGGCAGAGAUCAUGUCCUUCCUCAGCUGCCCCUCUGCCGAGAAGCUCCUUCAGCUCGGAGAGACCAGGACAAACGUGCAGCAACAGGUCGAUGCGUCUGACCCCCACACGGCGGCGGAAGUCCUGCUGAAAAUCGCCUCUCUGUACAGUGAGGAACCGGAGACAAAGACGGCAGUGCUCGAAACUAUAGAUGCCGUCCUGAAGAAGCUCCUCUCGGGAUCAGACCUCUCGUCCUACUGCUUCCUCUCCACGCUGCUCGUCAUGAUGGGACUCCUCAAGGGAGAGGGGAAGAUGAAGAAGGUGACGCUGGUCCCAGGUCAGCUGUUGUGUUUGGAGCACGCUGUUCAGCAGGAGUAUUUCCCGCAGCACGUCGCCUCGCUGCUCCACACCUUCACCUCCAGAAACAGUGAAGCUCUGGAGUCCUGCAGCAGCGCCAGUGAGAGGCUGAGCAACACUCUGGAGAAAAAGUGCCACUGAUGAACACACACACACACACACACACACACACACACAUACGCCUUAAUGUGUAAACCAACCGGGAAACUUUACACUUGAACAUGGGACAUAUACGACCACUUACUGUUUCUGCACUCCUUAUUUGUAUAUUUUAUGAAGGCACACAGAUCGUCUUAGUUUUUAUUUUUCUACUUAAUCCUUGUGUCUUAUUUUUUUAUAGAAAUAAUAAAAAUAUUAGAAAUACACACCAGGUAAUCUUUGGGUGAAUGUGUAAAGAAUGUAACCUGGACUCUCAUUCCACUAAUCGUUGCAGCUCUAAAGACAUAUCUACACAAAAGUCCGGGUUGACACGUUAAAGGCAUUCCCAGGUGUUGCUCAAUUUGGGAUUUGUACAGUAAAUGUAGACGGAAGAAUUGCAGGUGUUCAGCAUCCUGAUACUGCGACUCAUUUUGCUGUAUUUUAUUACGUAUAUGAUCUCAUAUGCUGCUAUUUGUUGCUGUGAAAACGUUGAGGGAGACAGAAAUUAAAAGGGCAAUUAAAAAUGAAUCUAUAUAUCAAAAUGAAAAGCUGGCUUCUGUUUUUGUGUUUUACUGAUCAGAUGCAAUCAUUACAGAAGGUCCAGUGAAGUCAAUGUGCAUCAGACUGUGAGCAGGAAUGAGCUACACACACACACGAGCCUUAACACACAGCUGCAUGUGUGUAUACCCUGCACUGAUCCCAGUCAUAACACUGCAGAGCUCAGGGGACCAGGAUCACUUUUACCUCUUCUUUUUUUUAAUCCAUAAACAUCAUUCAAAAUGUGUUCUCAUGUGACUUUGUGUUCCCUCACAUUGUGAUGUAAGGGAACAUUUCAAGCUAACGGGAUUAGGACUUUCAAUGCUUUUCGGAUUAACAUUAGACCGUGUGGACUGCAUUUUGUUUUGACAGGAUUGACGUGUUUGUACUGUCAGAAAUAUAACUAAUACAACAA